UUCACGGCAGAGGGGUUGGGCCUCGCCGGGCAGGAACCAGAGUCAGAGGCUUCCCUGCUACUUGCUGGGAGAGGACACCAGGACUGCCUGUCAGUGCCUUGAUUCCCGAACUGUCUCAUAGAAGCCGGGCAGCGCAGAGCAAUCCAACCACAGCUCACCCCCACCUCUGCGGGAAUCCCGAUGCAGGCCAAGUACAGCAGCACGAGGAACAUGCUGGAUGCUGAUGGGGACACCACCAUGAGCCUGCACUCUCAAGCCUCUACUACAUCUUAUCGUCCAGAGCGUGGGCACACAGAGCACCGGCCUCCCUCUUCAGCUUGGCGUCCAGUGGCCUUGACCCUGCUCCUUUUGUGCCUGGUGCUGCUGAUUGGCCUGGCAGUACUGGGGUUUGUGUUUUUCCAGUUCCACUUGCUCUCCAAUAUUCAGAAAGACAGCAUUUCUACAAUGGAAGAAAAAUUGGGGAAUCUCUCUCAACAGCUGCAAUCCCUCCAAACCCAGAAAAGGAAGCUUGUAGAAACUCUGCAGCAUGUGGCUGAGAAAUUCUGUCGUGAGCUCUACAACAAAACUGGAGAGCACAGGUGUAGCCCUUGCCCAGAAAAGUGGAAAUGGCAUGGGGACAAAUGCUACCAAUUUUAUGAAGAGAGCAAGAGCUGGCAGGACUGUGACUAUUUCUGUAUUGCUGAGAACUCAACCAUGCUGAAGAUAAACACACAAGAAAUCUUGCAGUUUGCCAUGCCUCACAGCUACUCGGAGUUUUACUACUCUUACUGGAUAGGGUUAUCGCGCAACAGCAGUGACAAGGCCUGGCUGUGGACUGAUGGAACACCGUACGCUUCUGAGCCGUUUAGGAUUGUAACAGAUAUCACCAGCAUAAGAGACAGGGACUGUGUAACCAUCCUCAAUGGAAAGGUUUUCUCAAAAAACUGCCGAGAGUUGAGACGGUGUGCAUGCGAAAAAAUGGCUGCCACGGUCAAGGUAGAGAGACUCCUUAGCUCCUCGGAACCGUUGUGUGGAGUUGAUUGACCCUCUAGCUGCAACCACAGCUUUGCCCUCCCUUCAGACAUGCUGAAGAUCAGAAGAAAAGUUCAUCUCUUUGUGUACACUUGGUUUCAAACUAUUCUCUUUCAUUUGACCCAUGCUUAUAAAACAAUUCAACAAAAGUUUCAGCCAAAGCAAGAUCAAUGCAAAGGAUAUUUGAGACAUAGGGAAAUGGGAAAAAUCAGGAAAGGCAAUCCCUCAACUGGCACAAGAAGGAUUUUCAUUUCUAGCUCAAGAUCACCAGCGCUUCUGAGCUUGGGAGUUCAUGAAAAUAUUUACCAGCAUGAAGAAAUCUCAAUUAUGUAUCAUCAACUGGUCCUGGAAACCCAUAAAAUUAUUAGCCACCUUCUUGAUUUUGAGAUAACUUCCUAGUGUUCUUCCCACUCAGCAUCUAAUAUCAUUUCCCUUUUUCCAUGUCUUCCUUAAUAUUUAGAGGAGUGAGGAACUUAAAUGGAGGAAAUAAAUGUAUGUAACAUCUUUUGUAGCAACAGUCAAUUGGUCCAUGAGAGAUCUGAUACCAUGCUACCAAAUACACAACUAAUUUGUUUGUUUGGUUUCUUUUGCUUAAGUUAUUUUUCUUCCCUUCUGAAUCUCUCAGUAAAUACCCCAUCUGCUGUGUCCGUGGCCUGCUUCUCACCAGGCUAAUUCUUCUUAUUAGAACCUUACCUCUUACAAACCUAUCUCCCUAUGUCUAUUUAAGAUUCCAGUGAUUGUCUCCUUCCCUGAGGAAUUUCUUCUGUGAUAGAAAUGUUGUCAACUCAGUUCUGUGUCAGAAUUACUCUCCCCGGUGCUCUCUUCAGAGACUGAAGACCAGAACUACAGUCAGUCUAUUUAUGUGCAUCUGGAAUGGUUUGGUUUUCAUUUUUAUUUUCUUCAUUUGAUCCAUGUUUAUAUUCAGGUACUAAAGAUUUAAUAAUAAUAAAUUAAAAUAAUGUGAAAUAUGUGUGACUUUAGAAUGGAUUUGUGACUUCGGGAAAAAUUUAGUGUGUAAAUACUCUUCAAAA